UCUCAUAUCGGCCACCACCACCACAUUUUCAAACAUCCACAAAACUCACCGGGGCUCAUCAAUUGAGAGGUACAUCUUGGCCGCGGUCAAGGUACAUCCCAUCAGAUACUCACUCAUCCCCUGCGAAUUCAGAAACAGGCACAUCACGGCCGCAUCUGGUCAGGCCGAGGCCGGGUCAAGCCCAGAACAGAAGAGAACAGAACAGAACAGGACAGAGCAAAAUCAUGGCACCCGGUACGGUGGUCUUGGGCAAGAGGAAGCGAAGGGCGCCGGCCGGCAAGGCCGCAGAUGCCGACGCCAAGGCAGAAGAGGCAGCGGCCAUGGAGGAAGCCCAGGCCAUCUUCAGGAAGCACUUUGAGGCCCAGUUCGCGCCCUUGGAGGGGUCCGAUGACGACAAGGCGGGCAAGCCGGCAGCCAAGGGCCGGAGGAAGGGGCCUGCCGGCAAGGGGGCCGACGGCGACAGGGACGAUGCGGCCGGGGUGGAGGACAUGAGGUCCGAAACCUCUGACUCUGGGGCAGAGGACGACAGCGACGGCGACGGCGACGGCGACAGCGACAGCGACAGCGACAGCCAGGAUGAGUGGGACGGCCUCUCUGCGGAGGAUGACGGCGAUGACGGCGACAGCGAAGACGGCGAGGGCGAGGGCGAUGACGACAGCAGCGAGGGAGAUGAAACAGGUUCAGGGCCCGAAACGAGGGAAACAAACAGCCACCAGAUCGAGGUGGUCGACUACUCCAAGCCAACCCCGUCGCUCUCUACGCUCACGCCCCAGACCGCCCUCAUGACCAAGCGCGAGAUGCGCGCCUACCUGUCAUCACGGCCACCAGAGAGCGCCGUUUCACCCGCGGCGGCGGCGGGGUCCAGUGGCAAGGCCCGCUCGAAACAGCAGCAGCAGCAGCAGCAGGGCGACGGCGGCGAGGACCCGCAGAACGAGGACUCGAGGUCGCUGCUCAAGAACGACCUGGAGCUGCAGAGGCUCAUCUCGGAAUCCCACAUCCUGUCGGCCACGAACCCCUUCAACGCGGCCACGUCAGGCGCCACGGCGCCCAGCAAGGCCUUCUCCGAGGGCCGCACGCGCGCCCUGACGACGGACCUGCGGCUGCAGAGGCUCGGGUCCAGCGGGAGCAUCUUCAACAGCCAGAAGAAGAUGCCCAUGAACGUGCGCAAGGGCAUCCUGGGGGCCAAGGCCGCGCGGGAGGAGAAGCGGCGGCGCGAGGCCAAGGAGAACGGCAUCAUCCUCGAGAGGGAGAGGCCCGACGAGGCCAAGGGCAAGGGCAAGGGCACGGGCAAGAAGGCAGGGGGGAGGAGGCAGGGCAGGGGCUCGGACCUGCCCGUCGACAUGCCCGGCAUGGGCAGGAUGAAGGGCGGCGAGCUGCGCUUGAGUAAGCGCGACGUCAGGGCGGUGGAGAUGGAGGGCAAGAGGAUGGGCGACCAGCGCGGCAAGGGCAAGCACCGCAGGCGGAGGUGAAUGAAUGAAUGAAUGUGUGAAUGAAUGUGGGUGAGCGAAAGAGGCUGGUUGACUCCUGCGUCCCAAGAGGACAAGUAUUUUUUUGGUUUAAUUUUCCCACUUUGUUAAUACGGUUACUAAGGACCCUUCCCUAUCAAGGUCCUCUUUUCCCUAUUAUGGAUGUGUGGCUACGAACACGGUGGACGCGGCCACGGCCUCCGAAACAACAACCUCAAACAAGCUUACUUACAUAUACAAGACCCUAUACCUCACCGAAGGCAGACGGGAGCCCAGCCGGGCGGCAGGAGGAGCAAGAGGAUCAGAGAUCUGCGCCUGGAAGCGGCCGGCGUCCCCAAGCAAACCCCCACUGAUUUGAGUUAAUGUUAAUCUUCUCAGUCAAGCUUCUCCAGCUCGCCUUGCACCCAGCGAGGCCCGCCCGGCCGCCCGCCCGGCCGCCCAGGGCCGCCGCCGCAGCAGCAUCUUUGGAUCCUGCUCGCCUCGGUGCUGCGUCCUGCUGGGGCACACACCAUCAUCCCGUCCUGUUUCCUGCCCCAAGUAAUCGAGGGGGGGGGAGGGGGGCGGAGCGGGGCCGGCGGCGGGUAGGCAAGCCUCUCACAUCACCCACCACCACCGACCGCCCUACUAACAUAGUAAGUACACCGUACAUAAGAAGAGUCUGACGUGCAUGACACACGUACGCACUUUGUGUUGCCAUUUUGG